AUGUACAUAGAAGUAUUAGAGAAACUGAGUGAUGUGUUAUAUGUUUUAAUUAACAAAUUACCUGAAUAUGAAAGAAAAAGUUGCAUUUCAAUUUUUACCUUCAAAGAGAAACUCCGAAAUGUUUCAGCACAAGAAAAUGUUGAUUUUAAUAACAAGUUAUCACCUGAGAGUAUGAACUUAUUAAAUAGUAUAGAUGAUAUGACACUUGCACCUACAAAUAUAGCAGAAAAUGAGGAGAAUGUGGAGGGCAAUAUUGAUGUUCAUGUUCAGGCGACUAUAUUAUCUGAUUCAAUAAACCAUCAGCAAAAAAUCACUAAACAAUCUUCUGAAUCAGAUAAUUCCAGUAAUGGACGGAAACGAAGCUUUGUCUUCAAACUACCCUCACAUCCCGGCGUUUUUAAAACUCGUUGUUAUUCAUUAGAAUUUUAUAAUAAACAUAAUUUACAAGAAGGUGAUGUCGAUGGAACCAACACUAUAGACUAUCAGUCCGAGACUUCCAGACACAUUGAGACUGAAGCUUUGAAUGAAUCAAAAGAUUUAAACACCGCUACCACUAACCAAAUUAACUCUGAGUCCAAAGUAAAUAAUAUUAACGAUAUAUCUAACAAUUCAGAUAUAGAAUUCGAUGACUUUGAUGCAUUUGAGGAUGAUAAUUUUCAAGAUGAAUGGUCAGAACAUUUCAAAGAACCCUUGGAUUUAGAGAAUAGUUUGUCAAACAAUGAAGUUUCAAAUACAACAACUAAUAUAAAUAAUGAAAAUUCUACUAUAACAUCCAACGAACCUUUGCCUGUACAAAGAAAUCUUCACGACAAGAGUAUAGGAGAGUUUGGUGAUACUAGAAACGAUGGAAUCACAGGUGAAUUUGACGGAGAUGACUAUCCACACUCGAUCCCUAUGAUGGAGACUUUAAAAGAGAAAUUUGGUUUGACUUCUUUCAGACCAAACCAAAAGCAAGUCAUAAACGCAACGCUUCUAGGCCACGACUGUUUUGUUCUCAUGCCAACCGGCGGGGGCAAAUCAUUGUGCUACCAGCUACCUGCCAUACUGACCCCUGGCGUCACUAUCGUGAUAUCACCGCUUAGAUCUUUGAUAUUGGAUCAAGUCAACAAGUUAUUAACGCUAGAUAUACCGGCCGCUAGUUUAGGUAGUGAUGUCAGUGAAGCCAAGAGCUAUGCCGUGUAUGAUGGUCUAAACCAACAAGAACCCUCUAUCAAACUGCUCUAUGUUACACCCGAAAAGAUACAAUCAUCUCCAAAAUUCCAAGAAACUCUAGCAAGACUGUAUGAAAAGGGAAAGAUUUCAAGGUUCGUAAUCGACGAGGCUCACUGUGUGUCACAGUGGGGUCACGACUUCCGUCCGGAUUAUCAAAAGUUGGGUUUACUAAAGAAAAAGUUCCCUAAUGUAACGAUAAUGGCAUUAACUGCGACGGCCACGAAGCGAGUGCGCUGCGAUAUAUUGUAUCAACUGAAGGUGAGUGAAUGCAAAUGGUUCCUGAGCAGUUUCAACCGACCGAAUCUCACUUACACAAUUAUAACGGACAAGAGGCCGAAACUCGUUAAUAAAGAAAUAGCUGACCUGAUCAAAAAGAAAUAUUAUCAACAAUGCGGUAUAGUGUAUUGCUUAUCAUGUAAAGACUGCCAGAAUAUGGCUGAUGAUUUAAGAAGGAUGGGCAUACCGGCUGAGGCGUAUCACGGACAACUCGGAGACACAGUCAGAGCUAACGUACAGACGCAAUGGCUCGCUGGAACCAUUAAAGUGAUCUGUGCAACGCUCGCAUUCGGAAUGGGCGUUGACAAAGGUGACGUCAGAUUCGUCAUCCACCACAGUGUACCGAAGUCUAUAGAGGCAUACUACCAGGAGACGGGUCGGGCUGGAAGGGACGGAAAACCGGCUGAUUGUAUCUUAUUCUACUGUUACGGAGACAUUGUACGCCAACGCAACCUCUAUAAUCGUGAUAGAAAUUUAAAGGAGAAUUCGAAGAAUGUCCACGAUGAUAACCUUUCACGUAUCACUGAGUUGUGUGAGGACGUGUUUGAAUGUCGCCGUACCUUCGUACUUAGAUACUUGGGAGAGAUAUUCAAAAGUGACAACUGCGGUCCCAGGCUCUGCGACAACUGUCAACGAAGACCGACGGGCGAGUUUACACGGCAGGACGUGUCGGACGUGUGUCGGGAGAUCGUCUCUUUCGUCGGCAGUCAUGAAGGAGUCUUCGCCAGAGUACAACUAGCUGAUAUACUGAGAGGAUCCAAACAGAACCGGUUCAAGGCUAUGUUUGAUAGCCCUAUAUUCGGAAGAUGCAAGCCGUGGGCUAAGAGUGACGCGGUCCGACUAAUACAACACAUGCUAUCAAAGAAAUUCCUAGCUGAGAAAACCCGUGUUAACAACGAAAUGAUAAAUAGCUACCUUGUUCGAGGACCUGAUGUGCACAAGCUGUUGUCGAAGUCUGAACCAAUUAUAUUCUCUAUGCGAUCACACACCACUAACAAGCUGUCCACCACGGUAGCGGCGCCUCUCCUACAAGACGUUGACCAACAAAUUAAACAAAUUGAGGAUAAGGCUUAUGAAGAACUCGUAGAGGAAAUAAAAAAUAUAGCGAAGGAGUCAGGCGUGGCGCUUUGGACGCUGUACCCACAGAUGGCGCUACGUGACAUGGCGGAGAAGCUGCCGGAAACGGAGGAGGCUAUGCUCAAAAUACCUCACGUUACCAACGCCAACUAUACGAAGUAUGGCUUCCGGUUGCUACCCAUCACUCUUAAGUACUCCACGGAAAGGAUUAAAAUCGAAAUGACUUUACAAGACCAGGGAAUUAGCGAAGCCUACGAAGACGAAGAGCCUACCGCGGGACCCUCUACAGACAGCCCUCAGAGGUCCUUUAGAAAUAAUAAGAGCUAUCGACCAAGGAAAUCAAAACCUUACAAGGCUGGUGUGAAAAAAACUGAGUCUUCAGUUCUGUCCUGGAAAGCUUUACGGUUACGGUUAAGCUGGGCACAAGCCCAAGAACAUGUGAUGAAUCGAGGCCUACUAGUGCCUAUUCGACUACCAAACUAUAACCAAUGA